AUGGAUCGGUUUGCCAAGCUAGACAAGUAUUUGAUGGUUUUGAUUGAAGACAUUAUGCGAAAACAACAAGUAGCAAGGAUUUCUAUUUUGGGGCACAUCAUUAGGCGAUUAAAUAAACGGAGAAAGAGAAGACGAUUGCAAAAUGUUCUCCGAUACAGCAUCCUAGACCGAAUGCCUGCUCAAAUUAGACACAUGAAUCGACUUGUGCGUGUUAGCGAUACUGACUGUCUCGUUAACCUCCGGAUGGACCGAAAUGCUUUCGGUAGGUUGUGUGGUAUUUUCCGACAGCUUGGUAUAAUACGCGACAAACGGUUCUUGUGUAUCGAGGAGCAAGUUGCCAUCUUCCUUGGCGUCUUAGCACAUCACAAGAAAAACCGUAUUGUCCGUUUCAACUUUUUGAGGUCGGGCCACACGGUCUCCAAAUAUGUUCACGAGGUUAUGGCAGCGGUCAUAAAGUUGCACAAUAAAUUCCUUGUCAAGCCUGAGCCGAUCAAUGCAGGUUGUGUCGAUUGGAGGUGGAAGCAUUUUCAGGGUUGUCUCGGUGCGCUUGAUGGAACCUUUAUCAAUGUGUUAGUCCGAGGAGAACACAAACCAAAAUUCAGGAAUAGGAAGGGCCAAAUAACCACAAACACUUUAGCUGCGUGUGACAGGCACAUGCGUUUCACCUACGUCUUGCCAGGGUGGGAAGGUUCUGCAGGAGAUGCUCGUGUUUUGAGGAACGCCAUUACUCGACCUAAUGGCUUCAGAGUGCCUAUUGGAAACUAUUACCUUUGCGACAAUUGCUACGCCAAUAGCCUUGGAUUUCUUACCCCAUACCGAGGCGUGAGGUACCACUUGAAAGAAUGGGGGCCAGAUGCUAUUCGGCCUCAGAAUCCUAUUGAGUUGUACAAUAUGCGACACACCAAGGCUAGAAACGUUAUUGAAAGGGCCUUCGCUGUUCUUAAGAUGCGAUGGGGAAUUUUAAGGAGUGCAUCAUUUUACCCGAUCAAAGUUCAAGUUCGUCUCAUCAUGUGUUGCUUCCUACUCCAUAAUUAUGUGCGGGGCGAGAUGGCAGUAGAUCCAUUAGAUGACUUGAUUAACACUUGGACUGGCGAUGGGAGUGCUGCAGAUGAGUUAAAUGCAAACGACUACGUCGAUGGAAUAGAGGCCACUACUGACUGGAACCGAUUUAGAGAUGAUCUAGCACAGAAAAUGUGGACAGAGGUAUGGAUUAAUGUAGAUCUCAAUAACUAG